AUGUCUUCCUCUGCCGGACACAUCGAAUAUCUCCCAAGGAGGUCUUCACGACCUAAAAGUGGACACAAUAACAGCAUUGAGCCAGACGCAGAGUUGACCGAGUUCCUGGUUCCUGCACCGACCUCUCAAUCGGGUUUCCUGAGGGCUCCCUUCGAGGCCAAAGCACAGGAUGCCAGCCAGCACACACGAUUCAGCAAGUACAGUAACAUAGAGCUGCCGGAAGUGGUUGCUCCAAAGCCUGCAUCAACACACCGAGCGGAAAGGCAACGAAGUCUAACGGCUGAGCAAUUGAAAACAAGAGAAAGUAACAAGUGCUUUGUUCCGGACAACGCAUCUCCACAGUCGCAAAGUGAGAUCGUUCAGAAGGAUCGUCAAGCUCAGUCGCAAUUGCGAUCGAUGCUUGCCUCGCCGGCAACCAAAUUAUACACCGUCGCGCAUCUGAUCCUUUUCUCCAUCUUGGGGACACUUGCCCGACUUGGUAUGGAGGCUAUGACUUUUUAUCCGUCCGCACCUGUCACUUCUUCAGUCUUGUGGCCCAAUUUCGCCGGAUCUCUAGUACUGGGAUUUCUCAACCAAGACCAACACAUCUUCCGUGAAGAAUGGGGAAGCUUCUCAUCUCCGGAAGACUGGUCUUUCCACCCGAGUAACCUCGAACCCAACGAUACCGAUGCACUUCAGAACGUAAUGCAAAGUCAUAACAAUGUUAAGAAGAGCAUUCCUCUCUACAUAGGUCUGGCUACCGGGUUCUGCGGCUCCUUCACCUCUUUCUCAUCCUUCAUUUGCGAUGCCUUUUUGGCUCUGAGCAAUGGGCUGGCGCCGCCCUCGCUAGGCCCGCCGAUACCAUCGCGUAAUAAUGGCUACAGCGUCGAAGCCCUGCUAGCGAUUCUCAUCUUGCACAUUGCCGUUUCGAUUUCUGGCCUCAAACUAGGUGCACACCUCGCCAUGGCUGUAGACCCUAUCAUGCCAACGGCUCCCUUCAAAGCCGUUCGCAAAUUCCUUGAUCCAGCCAUCGUAUUCCUUGGCUUUGGGGCCUGGGUCGGCGCUGUGUUCCUCACUGUCUUCCCUCCCCGUCAAGCUUGGCGGGGUAGAGUCACUUAUGCUCUGCUAUUUGCACCGUUAGGGUGCCUUCUGCGGUUCUAUACAUCGAAGCAGCUCAAUCCACGUGUGGUGGCAUUUCCGCUUGGCACCUUUGCUGUGAACAUGUUCGGCACCGUCAUACUGGGGACAUGUUUUGAUUUGCAGCAUUCCAGGGCUCUCGGGACAGACCUGAUGAGCUGCUGGAUCUUAGAAGGUGUGAUGGACGGGUUUUGUGGAUGCGCAACUACCGUAAAACCAAGAGCACUGAGCACUCUGCUGCGACAAAUGCAAUCGUCGAGUUCAGCUUCGAUAACACCACGGGAAUCCGUUGAAGGGGAUUCUACUGUGAAAGGGGUAGGCAGGCCUAAAAAACUGGACUGGGAUAAGCUACGAGCUCGACACGUGGAUGACGAUCCUUCUGACGAUGUGCAGGUGCCUCAUUUCGAAACACUUCUGCAUUGGAAGCUUCCUAAACUCAAGGCAAAAGAUGUUGAGGAAUUGCAAGCCACAUUCAGGAACUUUGCAGAAUUGGCGGUCAAAGAGGUUGAUUAUCCUGACGUCGAAGCAGUGGCCAACGAGUUCGAUAGGUGGAAGUCAAAAGUCAGUCUCGCCAAGAUAACCCAAGAGCACUUCUCAAGCGACGUUACAAGGUGCACCUUUUCGAACGAAGCGAUGCUCCAGAGGACUAUUAUGAUCGAAAUCAUUGACCGUCAUCAGCUUCACCACUUCCUCACCUUUGACAGUGAAGGCCAAUGGAAGCAGCAUUACUCGGACUGCUUAAUCUCAACCGACUCGGACUUGGUCACCCUUCCAAAGCCCGAUCUGAACGUGAGCUUCAAGCUGGACUCAUUCGACAAAUCGGCUCCCAUCCCGGGCAACCUCAAGCAGUCGUUCCGUCCUGAUAGCACAGGGCAAAAGUACGGACGCUGCUUCCCGUUCUUAUUCUUCGAAGUCAAAAGGGCAACAGACAAUCUUGAAGUUGCUUUGAUGGCAAACCUCCAUAGCGCCAGUCAGGCUCUUCUCAACAUCUAUGCAUGGAUGGUGAGAGCGCAACGUGCAGAAACCUUCUUCGAGAAAGUCCGCGUUUUCAGCUUUGUUUUCAACGCUCAAGCGCUCUCGGUCCGGAUGCAUCGUGCCACGCGUCACGAACACAAUCUCCUCCAAUAUCACUUUGUGGAGCUUGUCGACUUCAACAAAUACUCGAAAGAUCAGUCCUUUCAAACCCUCCAGCGCAUUUCUCCCCGGUUGCGAACCACCCUUCCCAAACCUCGCCUCACCAUCACUUCUAUUCCAUACCAUCAACAUGCGCCUUCAACCUUCCUCCUCGACCUCAAACUCCCUCCUCCUACUCCUCCUCCCCAUCCUCACCACCGCCUCCCCUCUCACAACCGGCAUCAACGAACAAUUCACCCAACCAACAUCAACAUCAACAUCAACACCAACCCCCUCCGCAUCACCCGCCCUCGACCCCUCCCGCUGGCGCCCCGUCUCCACACCCUCCUCCUCCCCUCCUCCACCUCCACACACACUCCUCAACUCGACCUCCGCGAAAUCGUCAACCAACCCGCCGGCGCCCAACCGGCCCUGAACCCGACCCAGGUAUCGCCCGUCACGACGCUGAUGAUCUGGCAGACCGUCGCCCCCGGCGCUCCCGCCCAACAAGUCCAGGUCGUCUACUCGCAAGCCUUCGCAGACGUCCCCGAUCAAUGGGAAUUGCCGGUCGCCGGGUCGAUCGGCUUGGGCACCAUCAAGGGCACCGUGGGCGUGGUCAAGACCAACAACAAAGUGAGGAGGGGCAUCGUGGCCUGGCCGACUGCCGUGCCGCAGGCGCCGGGGGAGGGGACGUUUCUGAAGGUCGAGAAGGUCGAGGAGAGGGAUGCCGCGGCGUUUGUGAUUUUGCCGCCGGGGAAUAACGACGGCGGCGUCGUUGUCCGCGAGGAGCAGAGCGGGCUGGAGAAGCGGAAGGGGAAGGGUGGUACAGGGAGUAGUGGGUCUUCGAGCGCGGCGGGGAGGGUCAUCCUCGGUGCUGGGCCGCCGACUUUGGCGCUCUUGAUUGCGCUUGUGGCUUGCAUGGUCAUCUGA